AAAUGGAUGAUGAAGAUUGUGAAAGAAGAAGAAUGGAGUGUUUAGAUGAGAUGUCUGAUCUUGAAAAACAGUUUACAGAUCUGAAAGAUCAACUUUACAAAGAGAGAUUAAGCCAAGUGGAUGCAAAGCUACAGGAAGUCAUUGCGGGAAAGGCACCAGAGUACUUGGAACCACUGGCAGCUCUGCAAGAAAACAUGCAAAUCCGAACAAAAGUGGCGGGUAUCUACAGAGAACUCUGCUUGGAAUCCGUGAAAAACAAAUAUGAAUGUGAAAUUCAGGCUUCCCGACAGCAUUGUGAGAGUGAAAAGCUCUUGUUAUAUGAUACUGUUCAGAGUGAACUAGAAGAGAAAAUCAGACGACUUGAAGAAGACCGACAUAGUAUUGACAUUACCUCAGAGUUAUGGAAUGAUGAACUUCAAUCUAGGAAAAAAAGAAAGGAUCUAUUUAGUCCAGAGAAGAAGAAACCUGUUGUUGUUUCAGGGCCCUAUAUUGUGUAUAUGCUACAGGAUCUUGAUAUACUUGAAGACUGGACAACAAUAAGGAAGGCAAUGGCUACAUUGGGACCACAUAGAGUGAAAGCAGAACCACCAGUCAAGAUGGAAAAACACCUACACAGUACACGAUCUGAGGAAGGAAAACUCUACUAUAAUGGGGAAUGGUAUGGACGUGGACAGACAAUAUGUAUUGAUAGAAAAGAUGAAUGCCCUACAAGUGCUAUAAUUACAACAAUUAACCAUGAUGAAGUGUGGUUUAAGAGGUCUGAUGGAAGCAAAUCCAAACUAUAUAUUUCCCAGCUACAAAAAGGAAAAUAUUCCAUCAGACCUAAUCACAACUGACUAUUAAACUAACCAGACAGUGUUAGCCUGCUUGAAGUGUCAUAAGAUGGAAAAUGUAUUUACUGUAUGCUCUCAUCUAUCUUUGUGGCCGUAUCUGUGUAUUUUUAGUAGUACAAGUAAUCUCCAUGCAGAUGUUUUAGAAUAGGUAACACAUUAUCAUGUUGAACAUGACAUUUUGCCUCUAAUUUGGGUUCAAUGCGUGACACAGAAAAUAGCUUUGGAUUGUCUGGAAUUCAUGAUUAAUCCUGCAGUCCUGUAAAGCUUUGUGCAUGUAUGAGCUAAAAUUGUGCAUACAGGUACAAGGCACUUUUAUUUAUAUUUUUCCUUUUAACAGCUUGUAUGACUCAGUCAACAAGGCAAUUUUGAACUUGCUUAAUUGCAGAGGUGGUAGAUUUGAAAAAGGAUGCAUGGAACUAUUCUUUCUGGAUAUUGUAUCUUCAUGUGGAUCUGUGGCUUCCAGAUUUUGCUGCACUACAACUCCCAGCAUCCCUUUCCAUUGCUCCUUUGAGCUAGAGCUGCUGGGCUUCCCCACCUCUGAUACUGGCACUUCUCUUUUUACAGUUAUACUCUAAAAACCAGUUGUAUAAAAUUGACAGUAGUAGAGUUAUCUGAAAUCAUGUAAUUGUGAAGUCCAUUGCUGCCUAGCAUUUGCUCUUGCUUUUUAGCAGUCUUGCUUGUCUUGCAAAUAUAGAUGACCUUUUGCAGGAGUUACAUGGAUAUAGUGUGGUAGUGAAAUAUUUUUUAAAUUAAUUGAAAACAACAAAAAGUUGAGGUCUCGAAGGGUUUGCCUAUUUAUGCUACUAUAUUUGUGUACCAGUUCCUUUGUGAUGACAAAAAUAAAAAGUAGCCAUAAAUACAUUGCUUCAAGGCAAAUGGCACUAUAUCCUGUAGUAUUAAAUGGUCUUUUUCUUCAAGUUAAAAGUGCCAAUUCAAUAAAUGAUGAAAUAAUAACAAAACCUACUGCUGCAUAUACUGCAUAUUGUCCUACAGUGAAAUGUAUCUAUAGUUAAGCACAGUGUAACCUUUCAAAAUUGUAUAUUGGGCAAAACAAAUAUGUGAUGUUUGCUGCUUCAAAAUUCUAGGAAGGUUUGAAUUUGUAAAAUUUAAUAUGGAGGUAGGAUCUUCUAGCUUUACAUGUUUGAAGCAAUAGAAGGGGGUGUUGUGGGUAUGGGGAGAAGACAUUAUUUGGUGGUUUCUGUGCACUUUAAAUCCAUUAUGAUGAAGUUUCAGGAGAGGGACUUUGUCUGAUGGAAAUAACUGCCAAAAGUGUUUGAAGCUUCGGCUUAGAUUGGUGCUAAAUUUGACUAUUAAUAGGCGGCCUCAGUCUUUCUUACAGUCUUGACUAGAGGGUCCGUGGAUAAAUUAAUAAUAGCCUCAGCAAACAUUGUAAUGACAAGAAUGGGGAGCUAUGUAAAGAAAACUGAAACUUCUUUUACAAUGGAAAUGUGAACACAGUCAUCCCUGGAAGAUGUAAAUACCAGAAGGCUAUAUAUGAAUCAGCCACUCAGCUGCAGGCAAGCAUUUUUAUGUGUGUUUUUUUUUUGUUAAGUGUUAAAAAGUCUUGGGGGGAAUGUUGCUCAAAUCUCAAUUCUGUGGUCUUGAUUCUGACAACUCUCGUUUCAAGUCUUUACCGUGCAAGCUUUUGGCAAUCAGAAGAAUAUCACCAUCAUUCAUCAGAAAGUGCCUGUCACUAUUCAGAAAUGGCUUUGUGUGUCUUGGAAUGUAUUUAUUUUGUUUCUGGCAUGAAGGAUCGGCAGCAUCUGUUUUUGUACAGAUCCGUAGGUUGGAAACACAUCUGUCUCAUUUUGUCUGCAAUGUGCUACAAACUCUUUGCCUCCCAAAGUAGGCCACAAGCAUAGUGUGGCGGGGAAUUGUGGAGGACUAGCCUAUUGCUUAAAACUGUUGGUUACGUGCUCAUGCCAUGUUUGUUUGCUUCUGUGUAACUGGCAAUAGGUCUCAGUUGCCAGUUAAGAAAUUAUCACCUCUCCUGCUUGUCAGUUUACUUUGUUACCGUUACUAACCCUCAAAACAACAAAACUGCUUUCAACUUUUUAUGAAAAUGCAUUUGCUGAUGUUGGAAGACAGUUUGACCAUUGCCAAAAGUCUGCAGAAAACUGACCCAGAGGAGUAAUUUUACUCUACU